AUGGCAGGUUAUGUGAUUGUCGAAGUUGAAAUCACGAAUCGAGCAGGAUACGGAGAGUUCCUGGAAAAGGUAACUUCGACUGUUGAAGCUCAUGGCGGCAAGUUCGUGGUCCGGGGUGGCGACAUCGAUGUGAUUGAAGGCAACUGGACUCCGAUGCGCUUGGCGGUGUUGGAAUUCGAAUCUGCGGUGCGAGCACGGGAGUGGCUAGGCUCACCAGAAUACAAUGAACUUAAUGACCUUCGAACCAGUUCCUCAAAUAUCAACAUGGUUCUGGUAGAAGGUUUAUUGGGCCCCUGA